GCGCGUCGGCAGUUCGGCCACGUCCCUGGCCACGUCGCGCCCGCUCUCGCCAUCUUUCGCCGCUUCCUCUCAGGGGCCACCGCCUCCUCCUGAGUCGCCGCUGAGCCCCGGGGCUGCCGCGUCGCGCCAACCGCCGCCGCCAUGAACAUCUUCCGGCUGACAGGGGAUCUGUCCCACCUGGCGGCCAUCGUCAUCCUGCUGCUGAAGAUAUGGAAGACGCGCUCCUGCGCGGGCAUUUCUGGGAAAAGCCAGCUUCUGUUUGCACUGGUCUUCACAACUCGUUACCUGGACCUUUUCACUUCAUUUAUUUCAUUGUAUAAUACAUCUAUGAAGCUUAUCUACAUUGCCUGCUCCUAUGCUACAGUCUACCUGAUCUACAUGAAAUUUAAGGCCACCUAUGAUGGAAAUCAUGAUACCUUCCGAGUGGAGUUUCUGGUGGUCCCUGUGGGAGGCCUCUCAUUCCUGGUCAAUCAUGACUUCUCCCCCCUUGAGAUCCUCUGGACCUUCUCCAUCUAUCUGGAGUCUGUGGCCAUCCUCCCGCAGCUCUUUAUGAUCAGCAAGACUGGUGAGGCUGAGACCAUCACCACCCACUACCUGUUCUUCCUGGGCCUCUACCGCGCCUUGUACCUCGUCAACUGGAUCUGGCGCUUCUAUUUUGAGGGUUUCUUUGAUCUCAUUGCUGUGGUGGCCGGUGUCGUCCAGACCAUUCUCUACUGCGACUUCUUCUACCUGUACAUUACAAAAGUCCUCAAGGGAAAGAAGCUCAGUUUGCCAGCGUAAGUGCCAAAGCCCAUCAGCAGCCUCUGUCCCUCAGGGUGCUUGGACAGAAUUCUUACCACAGUAAAGGCGCGGGAUGCUCGAGGAGGCGGAGAAGCAGAAACGUCACUCUUGUGUUGCAGCAAGUCAUCAGCGCUCUGUGAGAAUGCAGAGGACAAGACCCGAAGGCUUGUUUACUGCAUCCUGCCUUAUCUUUUUUUAUUACUAUGUACAAAGAUUUUUUUACACAAAGACACUUAAUGCUGUAUUAAUAAAUUCAGUAUGUAGAAUUGGGGUAGUUCCAAAAGUGACGAUUUUGUGCAGAGUAAGUACAAACCUUUUUAUUUUGAGAAAAUUCAUUGAGAUGGUCGAUUCUUUGUGUCUACAAUGAAACCGAACUCCUUGACAGUUGGUAACUUAUAAGUCAAACAUUUAUCAGAUUUCCAUUACAUUCUAUUUAUUUUAUGCCAAAAGAUGAGUUGCAUUUGUUUGAAAUCUGAGACACUGUGUUCCAUUUGGCGUUUUGGUUCACAUUUGUCCCCACUCGCCAUGGAUAUCACACUACAUUUAAGGUUGGGGUAGGGGGUAACAGUUCUUAUUUACCAAAAUCUCAAGGUUCCCAACAUAGGAGUAUCAGUUGAGGGUCACCAAAGGUGCCUGCCCUCCCCUGCGGGUCGAGACUGUCCUGAGGGUGUCAAGCCCACCACAUGCAUGGGUUCUGGGCUGCCUGCCUUCUGGGCAUGGUAGGUGGGAAUGAUUAUUCUGGAUGUAGGACUCUGCUCUUCUGAGGAAUGGAACACAGAUAGCUACCACUUUCAUUCGCAAAUUCGAAGAAUCACUACAACCAUGUCAGGUUUAAAUGUUUUUUUCAUGUUGCUUUUGGGAUAAAAUGAUUGACAAUCUUUUUAAUUGGCAGCACAAUUACCAUUCCUUACAUUCUUUUUUUUAAACUGAGCUCUUGCAUGAUCUAUCUUGUGUUACCAUCCUAAAUAAACAUUUUAUUAAACAGAA